AUGGAAGAGCAUAACCAUCCUCUCCAUCUUCCUGAUACAGUGCACAUGUUAUCUUCUCAACGUAAUAUUACAGACGUUCAAGCACAUGAGAUUGAUUUGGCAGAUGAUGUUGGAAUUAUGCAGAAAUCAACUUUUAAUUUGAUGACUAGACAAGCUGGAGGAAGAGAUGAGAUUGGUUACACUAUAUUGGAUGCUAAGAAUUAUCUUCGAUCUAAGAGACAAAGAAGCAUGGCAUAUGGCGAAGCCGGUUGUCUAAUGAGAUACUUUCAAGAUCAGUUAUCUAAAAAUCCAUCAUUUUAUCAUGCGAGCCAAAUGGAUAUGGAUGAACAGAUAACUAAUGUCUUUUGGGUAGAUGCAAGAAUGUUGAUUGAUUAUGAGUAUUUUGGUGAUGUUGUGUCAUUGGAUACCACAUAUUGUACGAAUCGUGAUAAUAGACCACUUGUUUUGUUCUCAGGUUUUAAUCAUCACAGGAAGGCUAUGAUUUUUGGUGCAUCACUUUUAUAUGACGAAACAUCGGCGUCAUUUAAUAGGUUAUUUGAAACUUUUUUGGAGGCACACAAACAUAAAAGGCCUCUUACUGUCUUCACCAAUCAGGAUCAAGCAAUGGCAAAAGCGUUGAAUGAGGUAAUGUCUGAUACAUUUCAUGGAUUGUGUACAUGGCACUUAAUGCAAAAUGGAAUCAAGCACCUAGGAAACCUUAUGAAGGAAGGAUCAUGUUUCUUGACAGAUUUUAAGAGGUGUAUGUAUGGUUUUGAGGAUGAGACUCAAUUCGAGGAGGCUUGGGGUACUUUAUUGAGUGAAUUUAAGCUUAGAGACAACACAUGGUUGAAACAUGUAUACAAUGUGAAGGAAAAAUGGGCAUGUUGCUACAUGAAUAAUGCCUUCACGCUUGGUAUGAGAAGCACACAACUUAGUGAGAGUGUCAAUUCAAGUAUAAAGAAUUGUACGAAGCCCAACUUAAACAUUGAGCAAUUUUUCAAGAAUUUCGAGCAAGUUGUGGAGGAGAAGCGGUACAAUGAACUAAAAUGUGAUUUUUAG